UUUAGAACCAGAUCAGAAAGAAGGGCACCAGUGGAAGACGGUCAAAGACGAAAGCUCAUGCCAAUGGUCGCUACAUUUCGCAAGGACACCUGGAUUUUUGCUUAGGGUAGAUAGCAUUGCGCAGCGCCAAGCAGUUCUUGAACUUUCUAGCUACUAGCACAGAUUCAAACUUCCAAGGCCAGACGGGCGAUGCAGGCUUUGAAGUUCGGACAAUGGACAGCAUAAAACAGAUUGUCUCCCCACUGUAGUGCGGCUUGCGGUUCUUGGAUGCAGUGAAGCCGCUUGCAAAUUGCACGGCUCUUAAUCAAUUCUGUUGUGGGUUUAAUUUGGUGGGGAUACCGGCGGCUAUUUGAAAAGUGAGUGGGCAUACGUGGGACCGGCAAGAAUACAGCUGUCAUUUGCAAGCACAAUGUCGGAUGCCAAGCAGAGGCCUCCCGAGCUGCUGGUGGAUGAGAGAUGGGACAAAGCAGUAGAUCUCACCUUGAGGCGAUUUGUCUAUAGUGGCGCUGCCGGGAGUUUAGCUGCGCUCCUUCUUUUCCGAAGCCCCUCAACACGACUUGCAACCGUAGCGUUUAGCGCGGGGGCAGGCCUUGGUUCGGCAUACAGUGAUGCAGCCAGGCUCUUUGAAGGGAAGCCAUCCAUGUCAUCAAGCCGACCAGCAGUGGAGAGUCAACCGGUGCCGUCAAAAGAGGAAGCAUGAGAAUGCCCAACUGAUUUCCUCCUCUUUCAGUCGCUUGGAGGAGCACUGAACGUGUAUCGUGCCUCUCUUGUGUGUCUCAAUGAUCUGCUCACAAGCUUUCUGCUGCGCUUGAGGCAGUGUACUUCCGGUCACAACAAAAGAUCAGCUUGACGUUGGUUGACUUGCAUGCACUUAUGUGCAACACAAUGUAAAGUUGGCCACUUACCAGCCCUUUCAGCCACCUGAAUGUGUUGGCGAGCCUUGACCCUCUCAAUAUCCAUCUGCAUUACAUUAUGAUCUCGAG